UACUAGUAGCCAACCGUUGUAGAGGAAAAGAAGCUUCUGACAGCACCGAGUCGACGGCGAGGCACCGAUGUUUGCAGCCGGCGCUGCCCUCUCUCGACGCCGGGCCUCGUUGGAACUGCUUCGCCAAUUGCGCCGGACCACUUCUGUCGCCCCACCACAGCCGCCCUCCCUCUCCACCGUCGCGGUGGCGGCAGAGGGCAUCGGCCCACCGCCGAUUCGCGUCUCGCUCACCGAGUCAGCCGGCCGAGGCGUGUUCGCUACCCGAGGAAUCGCCGCCGGCGAACUCAUCCACUCCGCCCAGCCUCUCGUCGCCCACCCCUCGCCGUCUCUCCUUGACAAAGUCUGCUAUUACUGUCUGAGGCGGUUGCAAAAGGAGGCAUCUCCGAUCGGUACCUCUAUACCGGGAGAGAACGAGAGCUCGAAGACUACCACUUGCUAUUUCUGCAGCGAGAGUUGCAGAGAACAAUCUAAGGGUUUCUAUGAGGUCGAGAAGGGACUAGAUUGGACUUUGUUUGAUGACCAUUGCAGUAUGAGGAGAUUGAAAUAUCCUUUGAUGGUGAAGCGGCUGGCUUGUAUGAUUUUAUCAGGAGCAGCAUCUGUAGAUUGCCUUGACAUACUCCAACCAGCCAGUUUACAUCCUGAGACACUUCUGGAGAUGGAGGAUGAGUUUCAAUUGUUGAAGGACACUUUUACGAAGGGGCAGUUUAAAAAUGACUCAAUGACAUUUUUAACCAAGGAGUGGUACAUCAAUGUGCUUGCAAGGAUUCGUAUAAAUUCUUUUCGCAUUGAGUUGGUUGCAAAAACUUAUGAAGAAAUGCUUACAUCAGCGGCUGCCUUCAUUGCAGCUGAUGCUGCUGUUGGGAAUGCUAUUUAUAUGCUUCCAUCAUUCUACAAUCAUGAUUGUGAUCCAAAUGCACAUAUCAUCUGGUUAGAUAAUGCAAAUGCAAAGUUGAAGGCCCUUUGUAACAUCGAAGCAGGUGAGGAGCUUCGCAUUUGCUAUAUUGAUGCCAGCGUGGAAUUUGAGGCUCGACAGAAAAUUCUUGCUGAAGGAUUCGGUUUCCAGUGCGGCUGUCUUAGAUGCUCAUCUCGUGAUUAAGAAGCAUGGCAACCCCCGCCCGUGCAGGGAUUAACAGUUAUAUAGCUUGAUUCAACAAGGAAGCAGAUCUCAAUUUCGGUGCAAAAGGAACAUAUAUGUGUAGUCAUGCGGGCCUUGAGACCAGACAUUAUGAGAUAUGGUUUCUCCAUGUCAAUGUAGUAGAUAAACUUCUUCUGUUCCUGUUUUGUUUUCCUUUCACAUGACAAGCUUCAAAGUUCAUGCUACAGGACAGUUCUCAUCCUUCAUGGUGAUGAAGAUGAGGGUAAACUUGUACUCGUUGGUUUUGGCUGAAAAUUUCGACGGUUAUACUCGACGAAGCGAAGAGCAGAUGUAACUGCUGUGGUGUGGUGAGGCUUUCUGUGUUGCUCUCGUGCUCAACAUCCGCAAUCCUUCCAUUUCUUUAAGAUUCGUGCAUGUCCCCAGAUAGUAGCAAGUAUUAAGCCUUUGCUUGCUUGAGCCUCAACCGAAGACAACUUGCUGAUGAUCGCGAUGAUGUUGAGCCGGGGCAGUAAAACCCUCGUCGCCCUCCACCGUCAUCAUCUGCAGCUGCAGUGCGGACAAUGGGGGUGGUGGUCGCGGCGGUGGCUGGUGAAGGUUCGGCUCAAGUGGGUCAAGAACCGUGGUCUCGACCACAUCAUCGACCGCGACACCGACAUCAAGGCCGCCUGCCUCCUCAAGGACGCCAUCGCCGCCGCCCCUUCCGGCCUCCUCCCCGCCCGCUCUCUCGCCCGGUUCCAGAAAAACCUCGGCCUCACUGUCCCCGUCCUCCGCUUCCUCCGCCGCUACCCCACCCUCUUCCGCGAGCUCCCUCACCCCCGUUUCCCUUCCCUCCCGGCUUUCUCUCUCGCCCCCGCUGCCCUCCUCCUCCACCGCCGCGAAAGCGAAACUUUCCAAGCCGCCCUCCCGGAGGACGCCGCCCACCGCCUUGCUCGCCUCCUGAUGAUGGCUCGCUCCCGCGCUCUCCCCCUCUCCGCCAUCUUUCCACUCCGCUACGAUCUUGGCCUUCCCCCGGACUUUCCCUCCGCCCUUGCCGCUACCCGCUCGGACCUCUUCCGCCUCUCCCGACGCCCCACUGACGGCGCCUUCAUCCUUUCCCUCUCCUCCUGGCCCGAUCACCUCGCCUUCUCCGCCCUCCAGCUCCGCCACAGAGAUGCCCUAGCACAGCCCUCCUACCGCGACUUCAAGAAGCCAUCCGUAUCCUCUGCCGCCCCCCUUGCUUUCCCCAUGCGCUUCCCCAGAGGCUACGGCUCCAUGAAGAAGGUCAAGGCCUGGAUGGAAGACUUCCACCACCUCCCCUACGUAUCUCCCUACGAGGACGCGUCCGGUAUCGACCCCGACAGCGAUCUCAUGGAGAAGCACGUCGUUGGGGUCCUGCACGAGCUCCUCAGCCUCACGAUCCACAAGAAGACCAAGCGGAACUACAUUCGCAGCCUCCGAGAGGAGCUCGGCCUCCCCCACAGGUUCACUCGCGUGUUCACCCGCUACCCGGGGAUCUUCUAUCUGUCCCUAAAGUGCAAGACCACCACGGUGGUCCUUCGGGAGGGCUACCAGAGCGGUAAGCUGGUGGAUCCGCACCCCCUCUCACUUGUUCGAGACAAGUUCUUUUACGUCAUGAGAACAGGGUUGCUGUAUCGGGGCAAGGGCAUGACAAAGCUAGUUCUUGAGGAGGAUGACUUAUUCGGCGAAGGCAAUUGCAGGGAGGAACAAAAGGAACAGAUUGCCAUUGACAAUGAGGAGCAGGAUGGUGUUUACGGUGAAGAUGUUGGUUUUGAUGAUGAUGAUGUUGAUGCCAGUGACAAUGAUGAUGACGAAUGCUAUGAGUUGGAUGAUUCAGAUGAUGAAGAUGGAUCAGACAAUGGCUGAAAUUUUGUUUACAAUCAACCGGAGUUUCUUUUACCCCUUGACACAACAACUAUAUAUGUUUUUAGGUCAGCAACCUCAUCAAGGUAAGGAACAUGACAUAUUCUGCAAUCUCACUUGGUGAUUUGCUGAUAUUUGAUGGAAACUAGUUGACAAUAGAAGCACUAUUUCUUCUUAGUUUCCAUUAAAAUCUUGCUACUAUUUUGUAGUCAUUUUUGUUAUGGCAAGUUAGACAUACACCUGGUUGGAUCCUUUCUAAUAAGUGGACAUGAAUAUUUUAUACAGUGGAAUAUUGAUACUCUGCAUAUUUUGGUUGGUUUUA